GUUUACUUGUUUAGAUAGAGAUAAUUCGAAGAAAACAUAUUCUCAAAUUAACAUAAAGUCAGAUUAGCUUAUUUACCUGUCAAGGGAAGACAACAACUACCGCUAAGCAAUUCCAUCCCAAUAUAGUAAUGUAAAUUCACCAAAGUUAUCCAAUACAAUUACGUGGGUGGAGAGCUUGUUCAAUUCCGUAGGCCUCAGGCAAGCAAAGAUCAGAGAGAGUUGUAGAAUACAGAAUCUAGAGGGACAUAGGAAGGAGUACUUGUGAAAGAGAAAUGAUGUGUAACAGUGUCAAAUUUAUGUAUUUCGAGCUAACUUUGAUGGUUGUGUGUUUAUUGCACAAGGGUGAAGCAAUAUGGUUGAGUCUGCCGGCGAGUGGUACCAAGUGUGUUUCAGAAGAACUCCAUAACAACGUUGUUGUUUUGGCUGAUUACGUUGUCAUCUCUGAUGAUCAUGUCCACCCCACCCCAACCAUUUCCGCUAGGGUCACCUCGCCAAAUGGAAACGCCCUUCAUCACAAGGAGAACACAACACACAGUCAGUUUGCCUUCACAACUACAGAGGCUGGCAACUACCUAGCGUGUUUUUGGGCUGAUAAUCCAGGAGGUGGGAGUCUCAGUGUUAACAUAGACUGGAAAACUGGAAUUGCUGCUAAGGAUUGGGAAUCAGUUGCCAGAAAAGAGAAGAUAGAAGGUGUUGAGCUUGAGCUGAGAAAGCUUGAACUAGCUGUGGAGGCCAUUCAUGAAAAUUUGAUUUACCUGAAGAGCAGGGAAUUAGAGAUGCGGUCAGUGAGUGAAACAACAAAUGCACGUGUAGCUUGGUUCAGUAUCAUGUCUUUGGGAGUCUGCAUUUUAGCAUCAGUUCUGCAACUAUUGUACUUGAAGCAAUAUUUCCAAAAGAAAAAGCUUAUUUAGACCAUAUUUAUUAGGUGAAACAUUUUCCGGAAUAGCAGAAAGAACCUUAGGCUACCAUUUUUGACACUUUCUUCUUAGCAGUAUAUUUUUUUUUUUGUGAUAUUAGUGAAUUCAGCUUUUAUCGUGUCA